GCCCCGCCAAUUUGCAGACCCCACGUUAAAUCUUUAGUUCGCAUUUAAGCACAGCUUGGGGCCGAUAAGACUAAAAUAUUUCUUAUCGGCAUUAUAUCAAGACCUCUACACCAAUCCGUCUCCCACCUUUCCGCUCGUUACUCAAAUAAAUUCAAUAAUCAGAAUAUUCCCUCACCAUGGCACCGAGACGGCCGGACAAAAAGUCCAAAAAGCAAAAAGGCGCCAUAUCCCGGGCCGCGGGCGGCGAUUUUAAGCCGGUCUCCCCCCAGGUCCUCGUCAAGGCCGCCGAGUUCCAGCUCCAGGAGGGCAACAUCCAGGACGCGGCGGCGCUGGCGCAGAAGGCGCUCGAGCAAGCCCCCGCCGACUCGGACGACCAAUUGCUCGCGCUGAACUUCUUGGGCCAGAUCAACCUGGAGCUGGGCGACUUCGAGGCCGCGAGGGACCACUUCUUGCGCGCGGUCAAGAUCGACGCGGACGGCGGCAAGGACGAGCAGGUAGGCGGCGGGCCGGAGAAGUUCUUGUGCCUGGCGCAGCUGAGCGAGGAGGGCGGGCGCGAUAGCGUGGGCUGGUUCGAGAAGGGGGCUAAGGCGCUCAAGGCGCAGAUCGCGGCGAGGGAGGAGGCGAGAAGUUCGCCGGGGUCGGGGUCGAGGAGGAAAAGCAGCAGCGGCGACGAUGACGCGGAGGAGGCGAUGCUGCUCGAUGAGCUGAAGAAGAAGUUGGCGAUGACGCUGUGCUCCGUCGCAGAGGUCUACAUGACGGACCUCUCCUGGGAGGACGACGCCGAGCAGCGCUGCGAGGCCCUUGUUACUGAGGCUACGCUGGUUGCGCCUGAUUUCGCGGAGACUUGGCAGACGCUGGCCAAUGUGCGGAUUUCGCAGGAGAGGGUCGACGAUGCGAAGGCCGCGCUCACGAGAAGUUUGGAGUUGUGGAAGGAUUUACCCCCCGAAGAUCCAUCCGUGCCCGAUUUCCCGAGUAGAGUUGGUCUAGCAAGACUGCUCAUGGAGGUGGGAAUGGAGCAGGAAGCGAUCGAAGUUCUCGAAAGAUUAGUCGGCGAGGACGACCAGAGCGUCGAGGUGUGGUAUCUAGGCGGUUGGGGUCUCUACGUCAUGGGCGAGAAGCAGAAAGAAGCGAAGGCUAGCGAGGAGGACUGGAAGGCUUCAUGGAUAUCGAGUCGCGUCUGGUUGAACCAAUGCCAGCACCUAUACACAUUACAAGAUUACGAAGACGAGCCGCUGGGUGAACACGCGAAGGAAUUGCUUUCGCUUAUAGCUAAGGAGCUUGGGGAAGCCCCUGCCGGAGAAGGCGACGAAGACGAUGAGUGGGAGGACGAGGAUAGUGAUGCGGAGAUGAAAGAUUAGGUUUCUUCACGGCAAUGGAUGGAUAGGGGUUCACUAUAAAUGGAAGAUACCACGAAACUUAGGGGUUCUUGUCUUGGCAUGAAAUGGCGUUGGGGUUUCUAAAAAAGGGGCAGAGUGCCUUUCAUCAUGUUCAUGUUCAUAAAUGAAAUGAGACGAUUC